CCCCUCCCCCGCCAAGAUCCAACGACUAGUGUGUUUUGGAGCUCAUAGCCAGUAACCGUGCUGUACCUGCCCCACCGAUUGCACGCCACCUUCACUACACCACCCACCGCAACCACAAACACAACACAACACAACACUACUCGCCUUCUCGUCCCUCCGUCUCCUUGUACCAUUCUGUACAACCGCCGGCAAACUGGGGAAGAGAAAGUGCUCAACUUCCGGUGAAGACCAGGGAGGUCCACUCAAGAAAAACAUGGCGGAUAAGGACACCAUGCAGAUCGAUAGCCCCGCCGCCGCUGCCGCACAACUCAAGAACAAGGAUGGCGAGAUUGACGAGUCGCUGUACAGCAGGCAGCUCUAUGUGCUCGGCCACGAGGCCAUGAAGCGCAUGGGCUCCUCCAACGUUUUGAUCGCCGGCCUACGUGGAUUGGGUGUUGAAAUCGCAAAGAACAUAGCUCUUGCGGGUGUCAAGUCUCUGACACUAUACGACCCCAAACCCGCCGCUCUCGCCGACCUUUCAUCGCAGUUCUUCCUCCACCCCGAAGACGUCGGUAAACCGCGCGCGAGCGUCACCGUGCCUCGUGUUUCGGAACUCAACCCAUAUACCCCCGUUCAAGAGUUCACCGGAAGUGAUCUCACAACGGACCUAUCACAGUUGAAGCAGUUCCAGGUCGUCGUGCUUACAGACACCCUCCUCAAGGAUCAGGUGAAGAUUGCCGAUUACUGUCACGAAAACGGCAUCUACGUGGUCAUCACGGACACAUACGGUCUCUUCGGUACCAUCUUCACCGAUUUCGGCAAGAACUUUACUGUGGGCGAUCCAACCGGAGAGAAUGUGAACAAUGGUAUCAUUGCUGGAAUUGACCAGGAUGGCUUGGUAUCUGCACUUGACGAGACCCGACAUGGUUUAGAAGAUGGCGAUUUCGUCACUUUCACUGAAGUGAAAGGAAUGGAAGGUCUCAACGGGUGCGCUCCUCGCAAGAUUCAAGUCAAGGGCCCAUACACUUUCUCGAUUGGCGAUGUCUCUGGACUAGGCGAAUACAAAGGUGGAGGCCAGUACGUACAGGUCAAGAUGCCCAAGAUCAUCGACUUUGAGCCAUUCAGCAAACAGCUGAAGAAUCCAACCCAUCUCAUUUCCGAUUUCGCAAAGUUCGAUCGACCUCAGCAGCUCCAUGUAGGUGUCCAAGCGUUACAUGCUUUCGCCGAGAGCCACAAUGGAGAAUUUCCUCGGCCUCACCAUGAGGCCGAUGCUGCCGAGGUGCUGAAGCUCGCGCAGGGCUUCGCUACACAAGGCGAAGAGAAGAUCGAGCUUGACGAGAAGCUUCUCAAGGAACUCAGCUACCAAGCACGAGGUGAUCUUAGUCCUAUUGCGGCUUUCUUCGGAGGUAUGGCAGCUCAAGAGGUGCUGAAAUCGGUUUCCGGAAAAUUCCAUCCCAUCGUUCAAUUCCUCUAUUUUGAUUCACUGGAGUCGCUACCCACGUCUGUUACCCGUUCGGAGGAGCAAUGUGCUCCUGUCAAUUCGCGGUAUGACGGCCAAAUUGCCGUGCUUGGCAAAGAGUAUCAAGAGAAGUUGGGCAAUGUCAAAGAAUUCUUGGUCGGAGCAGGUGCUAUUGGAUGCGAAAUGCUCAAGAACUGGGCUAUGAUGGGUUUGGGUGUUGGCCCAAAGGGUCAAAUCUGGGUCACCGACAACGACCAAAUCGAGAAGAGCAAUUUGAACCGGCAAUUCCUUUUCAGGCCUGCAGACGUCGGCAAGCUCAAGAGUGAUGCUGCCGCGAAAGCUGUUCAGGCCAUGAACCCUGAUCUGAAUGGCAAGAUUGUGUCUCUGCAGGACAAGGUUGGACCGGAGACGGAGCACAUAUUCAACGAGCAAUUCUGGGAAAACCUCGAUGCAGUCACAAACGCGUUGGACAACGUCGAGGCUCGCACAUAUGUCGAUCGUCGCUGUGUCUUCUUCCGCAAAUCUCUCCUCGACAGCGGUACUCUCGGUACCAAGGGCAAUACACAGGUUGUUCUACCGCACAUCACUGAAUCCUACUCAUCUUCACAGGAUCCUCCAGAGAAGUCCUUCCCCAUGUGCACGUUGAGGAGUUUCCCCAACCGUAUCGAACAUACAAUCGCCUGGGCGCGAGAGAUGUUCGACACAUUCUUUGUCAAGGGUCCCGAGAUCGUCAACUUGUAUCUGACCCAGCCUGACUACCUCGGUGCUUCAUUGAAACAAUCUGGAAACGAGAAGCAAACCCUGGAGACUCUCCAGGCAUUCUUGGUAACUGAGAAGCCAUUGACCUUCGAUGAUUGCAUCAUCUGGGCCCGUCAGCAGUUUGAGAAGAGCUACAACCACGCCAUUGCUCAACUCUUGUACAACUUCCCGAAAGACUCCACAACUGGAUCCGGUCAACCAUUCUGGUCGGGACCGAAGCGAGCACCUGACCCAGCCAAAUUUGAUCCUUCGAACCCUACCCAUUUCACUUUUGUGGAAGCCGCCGCAAUUCUUCACGCUUUCAACUAUGGCAUCAACCCCUUAGAUGUCAACAAGGAUCAUUACAUCAAGGUCAUGGAUGACAUGAUCAUCACCGACUUCAAACCGGACCCUACGGUGAAGAUUCAAGCCAACGAUUCUGACCCUGAUCCCAAUUCCCAGCAAGGGGGUGGAGACGACAAUGCGGCUUUGAACAAGCUCAUUGAGUCGCUACCUUCACCCAAGUCUCUCGCCGGCUUCAAGCUCCAGCCUGUCGAGUUCGAAAAGGACGAUGACACCAACCACCACAUCGACUUCAUUUCCGCAGCCAGCAAUUUGCGCGCAGAAAACUACAAGAUUGAACCAGCAGACAGGCACAAGACCAAGUUCAUUGCCGGCAAGAUCAUUCCCGCUAUCGCCACCACUACAGCUUUGGUCACUGGACUGGUCAACCUUGAACUGUACAAGAUAAUUGAUGGCAAGACCGAUAUUGAACAGUACAAGAAUGGCUUUAUCAAUCUUGCCCUACCUUUCUUCGGUUUCAGUGAGCCUAUCGCCAGCCCCAAGGGUAAGUACAUCGGCAAGGGUGGCAAGGAGGUGCCGAUUGAUCGAUUGUGGGAUCGUUUCGAGGUCGAUGAUAUCACUCUACAAGAGUUCAUUGAUCACUUCGAGGAGAAGGGUCUAAGUGUUCAAAUGGUCAGCUCUGGUGUUAGUUUGCUGUACGCGUCGUUCUAUCCACCUGCGAAGCUUAAGGAUAGAAUGCCUCUCAAGAUGAGCAAACUCGUCGAGUUCAUCAGCAAGAAGCCCGUGCCGGACCACCAGAAAAACGUUAUUUUCGAGGUGACUGCCGAAGAUACUACAGAGGAGGACGUCGAGAUCCCGUACGUGAUGGUCAAGUUGGACAAGUGA